GUUUCAGAAAGCUUCAAAAAUCUAAAAUGAGCCACGUGUAUGGGUACGGAAGAGCCGGCUAUCGCGAUGGAAGUAAUUUUGACUCAACCCUGCGAGCUCAUCAAAGAGUUCAACACAUUCCAAACGUCUGGCAUUUCCUCGUUCCGGGCUCCGAGGCCAACCAAAAUCCAUUAGCUCAACAGUGGGAAGCAUACUAUCCAGCUCCCAGCAUAGCAGAUUCCGAAAAUAUGGGUUUUGUUGCAACUUGGGAUGAGCAUCUUGCCAGGGACAGAGAGCCGGUUAGAGAUGUGGAGCAACCUGGAAUUUCCAAUGGAGAUGCCGAGAUCCAAGAAAUUGACGAAGAUGACAUAGAAAUUAUCGAGGAUCCAAAUGUUGCACCUGAAAUUAUUAUUGAAGCAGAGCUCACUCCACAGCGUCAAGUCAACAGGAAAGACGUUACGAUUGAAGUCAUCGACCUGGCUAGUGAUGGCGAGUCAGAAACAGAAAACGUAUCUUCACAAAAUGUAGAGAAAUUGGUUUCUGAAGCUGGUGAGGCUUCUGAAGCUACUGAAGCGAAACGCCGAAAAAGAAAGCAAAGGGGCCAGCAAUCUUGUUGGACUCGGAAGAGACAAAAAGGAACAUAUUUGAAAAAGAAUCAAGAAAGUGGUUUGGGGGACAAGAAAAGAAGAAGAACGUCGACACCCACGGAAGAAGAAAAUCAUUUGAGAAAAAAUAAAAGUGUCAAGAGGAAGAUGAGCUCCAUUUCGGACAUCGGAACAAGCUCCAGAAGAGCUUUGGCAGCGAGCAAAGACUGUAACUAAAUGAAAAUGAUAGAACUACCUUACUGCCGGAUGACAAGAAAGAUGAUUUCUUCUAUUCUGUUUUGUUUUUUCUUUCCUUUUUUGUUUUUGAUCCAAAGUUGCAACAUUCCCGAUCGAUUCUGUAAUUUUUCUAAAUUUUUUCCCAAUCCUCCGUCUUCCGUGCUCCUUCUGUUUGCUUACCACUUCGACACAAUUCCCCUUCUUUCUGAAUUUAUCCAGUCGGAUCUCUUUUCUUCCUUUUGACUCUAAACUCUCCUCGUUGAACUUUAAUAAAAUUUUAGAUUUCAGCAGUCAUUAA